GCCUCCCUAGGCGGCUGCCCGUCAGUUGGAACUUCCAUUUGGGGGUGCCAAAGCACGCGCGACCUGUAGCAGCGGCCACCUCCCGAUCCUGGACAGUGAAACUCCCGUCCCAGCAACCGGACCCUCACCCCAAGCCCUCUUUGGCAGCAGUAGUGGUAACCAGUUGCCCCGGCGGCUUUUCUCUCCAUUCAUCUACCCAUCCAUCCCCAGAAUCCCCAGAUCUUUAACUCCGUAGACUGUCAUCCAUCUCGAUACCCUGCUCCCACCUGCCACCGCUGCCCCUGUCUCAAGGCCCCCAACACCGCCACUCGGUCGUCAGCUGCCCAUUCCGCUAAAACAACGACCCACAUCUGAGAGCCGCACCGCUCCCCUCUCCAGGCCUGUCUCCCCUGGACAUCGACUUGGCCUUUGUGCGCAGCUCAGUCAACUACCAUCGCUAUCUGCCACAGACUCUCAACCAAAUUACGUAGCGAUUCCCGACCGCAGCCAUGGCUAACGACGAGUACGAUUUCCUAUUCAAAGUUGUCUUAAUCGGCGACUCGGGCGUCGGAAAAUCCAACCUGCUCAGCCGUUUCACCCGCAACGAGUUCAACCUCGAUUCCAAGUCCACAAUCGGUGUUGAGUUUGCCACCAGGUCGAUCCAGGUCGACGACAAGACGAUCAAGGCACAGAUUUGGGACACUGCGGGUCAAGAACGGUAUCGCGCCAUCACCUCUGCCUAUUACCGGGGCGCUGUCGGCGCCCUUCUUGUCUACGACAUCAGCAAGGCCUCGACCUACGACAACGUGUCGCGAUGGCUCAAGGAGUUGCGGGACCACGCCGAUACGAACAUCGUCAUCAUGCUUGUGGGCAACAAGAGCGAUCAGCGACACCUGAGGGCUGUGCCCACAGAGGACGCCAAAAACUUUGCUAGCGAGAAUAACUUGUCAUUCAUCGAGACGUCAGCACUCGAUGCCACCAACGUCGAGCUUUCCUUCCAAAACAUCUUGACUGAAAUAUACAGAAUCGUGAGUAGCAAGGCGCUCGACCAGGGUAACGGCGCCGACGGCGACAAGUCAUAUAAUUCCAGCGGACAAGCCCUCGAUAUCGGGAAAUCGAAUGCCGCACCAGACGCGCAAACGAAGGGUUGCUGUUAAUCGGGAUGAAUGCAUGGCGUCAUAAAUGUGUUUUGUGUGAGGGGCCUUUAAGCAGAAUCGGGAUAUGGAUCUGCCAGCUUCGAUCAGGUUGUUAUGCCUCUGGGGGGGAUUUUAGGAGUCGUUUCGGCCUUCCUUUUGCUCUUCUCCUUUCGGUCGGGAUAUCGCAAUUGUUUUUUUUUGGCAAUAACUCGUUCAUGACUACGAGGCAUUCGGUCAAAUGAACUCUGGGACAAUACCGUUUUCAUACCUUCAUGAUUUCAUAAUUCUAUUUUGCCAAUCCCGGUGCUGUGUAUGUUCGUCAUGAGAUUGCAAAGGGUGUGUAAAUUAUAGGCCGGUCGCGCGAGAGAUGAGAGACGAACUAAGAUAGCAUCAAAACCACGUUUCUCAUGGCUCUCCAUUGGUACAAAGACCUUUAUCUACCUGCUGAUACACUAAAAAUAACGUACAUAGCGGGUCACGAGCA